AAAGCAUGACAUUCGUUGGAUAUCUUCAAUGAAGUAACUUGUGCGUCUCUUUUUAGCUGAAUAUAAAAUAAAUAAAUCAAGUGUUUUUUUGACCAUCGCAAAGUUAAUCUGUGAGGUUUUAUAUUUGAACAAAAAACAGAAUGAAGUUGAAUAUUUCGCAAUGUAUUAUCCGUCAAUACGUCGCCGUUGUGAUUGUCAAUCUCGGCGUCCUAACAACGGGAAUGAGUCUAUCUUGGCCGUCACCUGUCAUCGUGAAACUACAAAAUGGAACAGACAGUCCUUUUGCUAGACCAAUCACAGAAAACGAAGGCUCAUGGAUUGUUUCUGGAGGAUUUUUGCUAGGCGUUGCCACAAGUUUCCUUGGAGGAAUUCUACUAGACAAAAUUGGUCGGAAGUACUCCAUCAUACUUGUAUCAUUGCCUAAGUUAUGUGCAUCCAUAUCUUGUAUAUUUAUAACUGAAGUUUGGGCUUUGAUAAUAGCGAGAGCAAUAUGGAUAUUCUGUGAUUGCUUUACACUUGCCUUCGUACCAGUUUAUUCUUCAGAAAUUGCAUCUAAGGAACAUCGCGGUUCUUUGGGCACACUAUUGCAGCUUUUUUCCUGUCUAGGAAUAGUUAUUGCUUUGUCUGUCGGGCCGUUUGUAUCAUAUAAGGCACUCAAUAUAUUUAUCGCCACAGUGAUCGCAGUGACUAAUGUGCCAAUUUUGUUUCUCCCGGAUAGUCCGUAUUAUUUAUAUUCAAAAGGGCGUGAAGAAGAAGCUAAAAAGAUUUUAAUCUUUCUCCGGGAAUCUGACACAUUAAUUAAAAAUGAAAUUGAAGACUACAAGUUAUGGAGCCAAGAAAAAACAGUGGAUAGGAUAGCGUUACUAAAAAAUAAAGUAUUUCUAAAAUCUCUCUCCUUGAGUAUUUUAUUAUGUGUUGGUUCAAAUUUAACGGGUUUCAAUGCCGUGUCCUUCUAUUUGCAAACAAUUAUUGAAUCCACUCGGACUAAGCUGAGAUCGGAUAUAGCUUCAGUUGUUAUUGGCUGUAUUCAAAUAUUUGCUGCUCUUUGCGCUACUUUGGUUUCCAAUAAAUUUGGCAGACGAACAAUUCUUCUUGCCUCAUUAUCAGGAAUCUUUUUGGGAUUGGUUGGUCUUGGAACUUUCUUUAAAGUCAGUGAAUCAGAUGGUUUCGUUGUUUCCGGAUUUAUGAACUAUAUACCUCUUAUAUCAUUAAUACUUGUAAUUUUUUUCUAUAGUUCCGGUAUCGGAUCAUUGAUCUGGCUGGUUAUGGCUGAAUUAUUUGACAGCCAAAGCCGAGCUUUCGGUGUGUCUUUAAGUCUAAUAAUGGGAACACUGGUGAUAUUCCUUACAACAAAAUACUUCCCGAUAGUAACCUUAGUGGCAGGAGCAGCUGCUACCUACUUUUUCUUCUCAGCCAUGUGUGUGGUCAUCGGAUCUCUAAUAGCCAUCUUUCUGCCAGAAACUAAAGGAAAGACUUUCCAAGAAAUUCAAACAGAAUUACAAGGCAGUGUCAAUCUAAAAGAUGGAUGUGAUAAAGAAAAACAAAUUUCUGAAGUUAAUUUAUAGUAUAAUGAUGUAAUGAUAAAAGGCAAUAAGCCUAUGUUCCAACACCAUUGUCUUUUUCCAAUUAUACAUAUACUAUGUAUAUGUUUUAUUGAGACAAGAUGUGAUAUAUCAAAGAUUUGACUAAAUCUAUUUUAUAUAAUAGAGAAAAAACAUUCGAACUGUUUUAUUAAAUCCCAUAAAAGGACAAGAUAAGUUUUGGGUGGAUGAAAACAUAAAGUAUUUAUAAACUGCACCUUUAUUUUACAAAACAUGUAUAAACAAUUAAAACUAAAUGGAAAAUCAAACUUUGAUCUCACGACAGCCAAUACAUUAUAAUUUAUCUUAAGCAUAUUUUUUUUUCUAUCAGAUUACGCUAAUCAAGCUAUUUACAGCUACCCGUGAGCCUCGAGCUCAUAGUUAUACCUAAAUAUCACCGGACAAGUUUGUGCCAUAAUCUAUUGUUGAAAAUGUCAAAGUAAAUAAAUAUUACACUUUCAAUGUUUGAGUUGCUGAGUUUGAGUUUAUGUAAUCACAAAAGUUCACAGAAAAGAAAGUUCAAAUUGUUAGCCUUAAGUCGAAAGAACGUAAGGCACACAAACGUUUGAUCUUAUGUAAUAUAUAAACAUUAAAAAAUCACAACUAAAAUAUUACAUAUUAAGUCUUUCGAAACCUUAGUCUCAGGAAACAUAACGCUAGAGUACCGAAAAUCCACCCUAAAGUUAUCAAAAAUCCGGUGUAAACGCUUGGGCUGGUGAUGGAUGAACCUUUCUCCAUCAUAUCUCGUAACGAUAUUGAAGGUAGAGUGAAGGGCAGCGCCAAAGAGAAGAGUCGUAGUGCUUCUGGCAUACCCUCCAGAGGCCAGAGAAUACCUUGAAAAUAUAAAAAUGUUCUUUAGAAUUUUAUAUUCGACAAAUAUACAAUAUUAAAUAUCUAUGAAUAACAUUUAUCUAGAUUUUUCGACAUCAUAUUUUAAGUUUGCUACAUAUUUUAUUAUAUUUCAUAUUAACACCCAGUCUUUCCUCGUUCAAACUCCGUUAUACAAUACAAAAAUCUAUUAAAAAAUUAGAAUUCACUGUAGAAUAUAGUUUACAAACCAUUAAACAAACUAAAAUACAUUUUGAAUAGGUGACAUAUUAAUAAUCAUUCGAAAUAAUCAACAAAAUAUCAUACUAUUUAUGUCUUCUACUAUUUUCAAGAAACCUUGAACUUAUAUCUUUUAACAACAAUAACUUUGAACAAAAACAACAGAAAUAAAUUAAAUUUUUGUUCUUCUCACUAUCAUUUAUUACCAUUCAAAUUGUUGAAAUAAGAAACGGUCUCCAUAUUUUUUAUUGAUUUAUUAAGUACUUACCACAGAGCAAUAUCAUUGGAUAGAAGCUGCCGGUUGCUAUAAAGAAAGAGACAGUAAAGCUGGAACAUAAUACAGACAAAAGGAAGCCAUAGCACAUUCCUCCGAGGCCCUGGAGGAAAAGCAGCGCGCCACACGUCCAUAAGGAGCCGUUAAAUGGCAACUUGUAGCCCAUAAACGCUACAAUCAUCAUCUCGAAUGUCUGUGAAAUAAUUUAAGAUGGAUUUAGUUAUUGUUUGAUACUUAGGAACAAGUUUAACUGGUAUUAAUGUUGAUUGUAAAUAUUAAAGUAUGUAGAAGUUUCAA